AUGGUAGCCAUUCAGCUUCUAACUUCAGCUUGUUCAAUUAGGCUCUGGCAAUGAAACUUGGAAGCUGAUUGGUUUCUCUGCAGAGCUGCACCAGAUUUUGUAGCUUGCAGUUUUAGUAAAAACACCCAAUGUAUGAUUUUGCUGCCUCCCUGGCGGUAUUCCCGAGUGUAGCUCGGGGUAAAGUUUCAGUACCACAAGCGGUAACCCUGAGCUACACUCGGGCUUACCAUGCGGCGGCUCCGCGAUCCCUCGGUCACUUACCUUGUCCUGCGCUCCCGCGAUGUCCCUCCUGCAGUGUCCCCAGUAAUUUAAACCCGCGGAUGCCGGCAUCUGUCAUCUGGGUUCUGUCCCUUGCGAGUGUUGGGACGUACGGGGGACGGAACGGUGGGAAAUUUGAAAAUGACAAAAAGUGACAUUCACUAAAUACACUAA